AUGGACAACAGCAUGGAGAUUCUACAGACCAUUCAUCUUGGUCAAGUCGUUGCAACUUUCCUUUUCAACACUGGACGUAUUAUAAAAGCAGUAGACAUCUUUAACGAAUGUUUGGUGCUCCUUAACGAUAAAGCCCUAGAGUACGAUCACACCCGCGCGAUAGAAUGUGGUAAAAAGCUUCUAGUGACACUACACAAUAGUGGCCAAAAAGAAGUAGAAGGCAUGACAUUACUUAAACUAGCGAACAUCUACUAUCAAACAAGCAAAUACGAGGAAGCAAGACAGUUUUACGAGAAGGCACUCAGUAUCAUGAUUCAGGCUGGAAAUAAUCGCAGAGUUGGAACAUGUUACGGAAAUCUAGGAACUGUGUUUAAAUCUGUUGGUCAAUAUACCAAGGCUGAAGAAUACUUUCAAAAAGCACUAGUGAUCAGGGAAGAAAUCGGUGACAAACAAGGAGAAGCAGUAGAUUACGGAAAUCUAGGAACUUUGUUUCAAUCUGUUGGUCAAUAUACCAAGGCUGAAAAAUACCUUCAAAAAGCACUAGUGAUCAGGGCAGAAAUCGGUGACAAACAAGGAGAAGCAGUAGAUUACGGAAAUCUAGGAGCUUUGUUUCAAUCUGUUGGUCAAUAUACCAAGGCUGAAGAAUACCUUCAAAAAGCACUAGUGAUCAGCAAAGAAAUCGGUGACAAACAAGGAGAAGCAUCUGCUUACGGAAAUCUAGGAACUGUGUUUCUUUCUGUUGGUCAAUAUACCAAGGCUGAAGAAUACCUUCAAAAAGCACUAGUGAUCAGGAAAGAAAUCCGUGACAAACGAGGAGAAGCAACAGAUUACGGAAAUCUAGGAACUGUGUUUAAAUCUGUUGCUCAAUAUACCAAGGCUGAAGAAUACCUUCAUAAAGCACUAGUGAUCAGGAAAGAAAUCGGUGACAAAGAAGGUGAAGCAGCAGAUUACGGAAAUCUAGGAAUUGUGUUUAAAUCUGUUGGUCAAUACACCAAGGCUGAAAAAUACCUUCAAAAAGCACUAGUGAUCAGGAAAGAAAUCGGUGACAAAAAAGGAGAAGCAUCAGAUUACGGAAAUCUAGGAGCUGUGUUCAAAUCUGUUGGUCAAUAUACCAAGGCUGAAGAAUACCUUCAAAAAGCACUAGUGAUCAGGAAAGAAAUCGGUGACAAACAAGGAGAAGCAUCAGAUUACGGAAAUCUAGGAGCUGUGUUUAAAUCUGUUGGUCAAUAUACCAAGGCUAAAGAAUACCUUCAAAAAGCACUAGUGAUCAGGAAAGAAAUCGGUGACAAAGAUGGAGAAGCAGCAGAUUACGGAAAUCUAGGAACUGUGUUUAAAUCCGUUGGUCAAUAUACCAAGGCUGAAGAAUACCUUCAAAAAGCAUUAGUGAUCUGGAAAGAAAUCGGUGGCAAACGAGGAGAAGCAGCAGAUUACGGAAAUCUGGGAACUGUGUUUAAAUCUGUUGGUCAAUAUACCAAGGCUAAAGAAUACCUUCAAAAAGCACUAGUGAUCAGCAAAGAAAUCGGUGACAAACAAGGAGAAGCAGCAGCUUACGGUAAUCUAGGAACUGUGUUUAAAUCUGUUGGUCAAUAUACCAAGGCUGAAGAAUACCUUCAAAAAGCACUAGUAAUCAGGAAAGAAAUCGGUGACAAAGAAGGUGAAGCAGCAGACUACGGAAAUCUAGGAAUUGUGUUUAAAUCUGUUGGUCAAUACACCAAGGCUGAAAAAUACCUUCAAAAAGCACUAGUGAUCAGGAAAGAAAUCGGUGACAAAAAAGGAGAAGCAUCUGCUUACGGAAAUCGAGGAAUUGUGCUUAAAUCUGUUAGUCAAUAUACCAAGGCUGAAGAAUACCUUCAAAAAGCACUAGUGAUCAGGAAAGAAAUCGGUGACAAAGAAGGCGAAGCAGCAGAUUACGGAAAUCUAGGAAAUGUGUUUCUUUCUGUUGGUCAAUAUACCAAGGCUGAAGAAUACCUUCAAAAAGCACUAGUGAUCUGGAAAGAAAUCGGUGGCAAAGAAGGACAAGCAACAGCUUACGGAAAUCUGGGAACUAUGUUUCAAUCUGUUGGUCAAUAUACCAAGGCUGAAGAAUACCUUCAAAAAGCAUUAGUGAUCAGCAAAGAAAUCGGUGACAAAGAAGGAGAAGCAGCAGAUUACGGAAAUCUAGGAACUGUGUUUAAAUCUGUCGGUCAAUAUACCAAGGCUGAAGAAUACCUUCAAAAAGCACUAGUGAUCAGGAACGAAAUCGGUGACAAAAAAGGAGAAGCAGCAGAUUACGGAAAUCUAGGAACUGUGUUUAAAUCUGUUAGUCAAUAUACCAAGGCUGAAGAAUACCUUCAAAAAGCACUAGUGAUCAGGAAAGAAAUCGGUGACAGAGAAGGAGAAGCAGCAGAUUACGGAAAUCUAGGAACUGUGUUUCAAUCUGUUGGUCAAUAUACCAAGGCUGAAGAAUACCUUCAAAAAGCACUAGUGAUCUUGAAAGAAAUCGGUGACAAAGAAGGAGAAGCAGCAGAUUACGGAAAUCUAGGAACUGUGUUUUUUUCUGUUGGUCAAUAUACCAAGGCUGAAGAAUACCUUCAAAAAGCACUAGUGAUCAGGAAAGAAAUCGGUGACAAAAAAGGAGAAGCAGCAGAUUACGGAAAUCUAGGAACUGUGUUUAAAUCUGUUGGUCAAUAUACCAAGGCUGAAGAAUACCUUCAAAAAGCACUAGUGCUCAGACAGGAAAUCGGAGACAAAGCUGGUGUUGGAGCUUCAUACUUAAAUCUGGGAAAACUUUGUCGAGAAUUUCAACUUACUGCAAAGAGUCAAGAAUUUGCUAAUAAAGCACUUGAGAUAAGUUACGAAAUAGGGGACAUUGAACUGCAGUUUCACAGCCACCUUAUCAUUGCUGUGAACGAGUUAGAGGCAGGAGGAAGCAUAACUGAAGUUCUGCGAAAUCUGCAUGAAAGCAUUCAGAAGUGUGAAGAAAUGCAUGAUUUUUUAAGAGUGAAAGAUCAAUUCAAAAUUUCUUUUUUUGAUAAGCAUGUGUUCCCUUACCUUUUUUUUUGUGGGUUGUUAAUUGCUACAGGCAGUUAUUAUGAAGCUCUUUACGUUGCCGAGCUUGGGCGAUCCAGAGCACUCACAGACGUACUCUCAGAUAAGUACUGUUUGGAAAAAGGGGUAUCAGUCAACCCACAGUCAUGGAUUGGUAUCGAGAACAUCAUGAACAAAAAUGCACUUAGUUCUUGUCUUUAUGUUUCCUGCUUCGGUGAUAAGAUGUACUUUUGGAUCCUCAAGCCAAACAAAAUGAUAGUUUUUCGACAAACGAGACUCAAAGAAAGGGCAGAUAAAGUGUUUGUAAAUGAGACAUUUGGUGGCCCUCUUGAUUUACGUCAAGACCAAUGCGAAGAUCGAUCAUUAUUUUCAUGUGUAAGUUCCCCGCUAUCACGCAAAACAUCUCAAAGUGACAGCUUCGAAUCUUUGCGUCUUAUCGAAGAAGAGGAAGACGAAAAUCACGACUCUAAACCUUUAACCCUUGCUGAUGGUUACAACAUGAUAGUCGCUCCUGUAGCUGACUUACUCCAAGAAUCAGAAAUCAUUAUUAUACCGGAUAACUUGUUGUAUCCUAUUCCUUUUGCUGCUUUAAAGGAUGGUAAUGGAAAGUAUUUAUCGGAUACUUUCAGGAUUCGCAUUGUCCCUUCCUUGACGACUCUUAAGUUGAUUCAGCUCAGUCCAGCAGACUACCAUAGUAAAACCGGUGCAUUGAUCGUAGGAGAACCAGACGUUAGUGAUGUAUACUACCGAGGAAAAAUUCUUCAGUUAAACUCACUGCCUUGGGCGAAAAAGGAAGCAGAGAUGAUCGGGCGACUGCUCGGUGUUCAACCGUUGCUUGGAAAGGAUGCAACUAAGCGGGCAGUCCUGGAAAGCAUGCAUUCAGUAAGUCUCAUUCACUUCGCUGCUCAUGGUUAUGCCGAACGUGGAGAAAUAGCUCUUUCCCCUGUAAGUUCCUGCGAAACUCCACACGAAGAAGACUACUUAUUAACGAUGGCUGAAAUUUCACAAGUUCGACUAACAGCCAAGCUGGUUGUCCUUAGCUGCUGUCAUAGUGCACGUGGUCAGAUUAGAGCUGAGGGAAUUGUUGGAAUCGCUCGAGCAUUUCUAGCAUCGGGUGCACGCGCCGUGCUGGCGGCGCUGUGGGCUGUAGAGGACAAAGCUACCAUGUGGUUUAUGAAUUGUUUUUACGAGCACCUUGUUCGUGGUGAAAGUGCGUGUGAAUCUCUUCAUCAGGCCAUGAAGUCGAUGAGAUCUAGAGAGACUGGCUUUUCUGACGUCAAGCAGUGGGCACCCUUUAUGCUGAUUGGAGAUAAUGUGACAUUUAAAGGUUUGUAUUCGAUAUCAUUUUUAGGUUUUUUAUCCCUACUACCUGAGAGCCUGGAACAGGCUGAGAAAAACGCUGCUAGUAUUUUUAGUCUUAAAAACAUUCAUCCUUAGGGAACCAGAGACAGUGCAAAGGGUAUACGUACUAAUUACCGCUGGGCGAGAGUUUGAAAGCAGACGGUAAGAUUCCCUGAGGACUUAAUCUAGCCAAAGCAGGUGCAGGAGCAUUUGAUUUUGCAACUUCUAUAUUAUACAGGUAUUUUUCUGGCAAAUGAGCUAAGGGCAACUCCCUUGUAGAUUUCCAGUGUUGUUAAAAGGAGGUUUUUUGUCAUCAAUCGCCUCUUUUAUGAUGCUUGUUCCGCGGAAAAGUCGAAAGAUUUAAUAUGCCCUCAAGAAAGUAUUUCAUUCGAUUCGAUUGGGUUUUACAAUACGUUUUGCUUUAGUUCUCUUCGUGGUCGCGAUUUUGUACCAGAGGAGAUGGCUGAUAUUCUGAGCAACCAUUGCACAGGCUGCUCGGGUUGUUCGGGCGGCAAGGGAUGGCAUGGUUAGCUUGAUAUCAAUCUCCUGCUUCAAGCUAUAAUCUGAUCAGUAUCCAAACAGCAAACGAAUCGAAGGAAUUUGAAAUAAAGUGAAAUAUUCUCACUGCAUACAUAAUUGGCCGGUGACGCGGGAAUUAAGUAACUCUUUUAAAUUACGUGGUUUUGGGCCUGCGCGCUCGUGACAUAAUGCAUUGCGGCCCUUGGUUACAAUUGCUUGGAAUCACAUUUAAGCUGAAAUUGAUACAAUAUGACUUAACUAAAUUUUUAGCAUAUAAAUGAUUCCUCAAAAUGUAAAGGUUUUGUUAUUUGUUUGACUUUGAAAAAAUCUGUGCCAGAUAUUUAGGUAAAACAUUUAGCCAACGAGCAACAGAAGCAUGUUGAUCGAUGGCUAAAAUAAAUCGUGCAAAGAAUACAUACGAAAGGGAACCGUCAUGAUUAGUUUUUUUAUUUGUAUCGCAGGUGCAUUUGAUGAGAGCAGUUUGAAAGAUGGCGAAGGUGCAACGGAAACAAAGAACUUGUAA